AUGUCGGCCGCGGCGGGGACGCCACCGGAAGGCGGAGGGGAUCGGCCGUGGCAGUCUUACCAUACCGCAUACACCAACGCCAAAGCUGGAAUGGAGGGUGUUGACAAAGAGAAGGUGCAGAAGGUAAUCUAUGAAAUGAGCAAGGGCUCAAAAUAUUUCGAAAAUGAGCAGAGGAAGGAGGCAGUCACCAAACAAAAGAUUGAACAUCUCCGUGCGCAAUGUGCAGCAUUGACUGAUAAUGACAUAUCACAUUUUCAGAAGGUUGCUGAGAAGAAAAUGUUAGAGUUGGAAGCUUCACGAGAUCUUUCAAAGAUAUGGCUUCAUACUGACAUGGAUGCCUUUUAUGCUGCUGUUGAGACAUUGGAGAAUCCAUCCUUGAAGGGAAAACCCUUGGCAGUUGGUAGCAUGUCUAUGAUAGCUACUGCCAGUUAUGAGGCACGUAAGUUUGGAGUACGUGCAGCGAUGCCUGGUUUUAUUGGAUGCAAACUAUGUCCUGGCUUGGUUUUUGUCCCACCAAACUUUGAGAGAUAUACUCAUUAUAGCGAGCUGACAAGAAAAGUUUUCCAGAGGUAUGAUCCCAACUUCAUUGCAACAAGUCUUGAUGAAGCAUACCUCAAUAUAACUAAUGUUUGCACUGAGAGAGGCAUUACAGGCGAGGAGGUUGCUACUGAACUUAGGUCUGCCAUUCACCAGGAAACUGGUCUAACAUGUAGUGCUGGGGUUGCUCCAAACCGUAUGAUUGCGAAGGUUUGCUCUGAUAUUAACAAGCCCAAUGGGCAGUUUAUUUUGCCAAAUGACCGGGAAGCUGUGUUGACAUUUGUAUCUACAUUGCCUAUAAGAAAGAUAGGUGGCAUAGGUAAGGUAACAGAACAGAUGUUACGUCAGGUUCUUGGAAUCAGUACAUGUCAGGAGAUGCUGCAAAAGGCUGCUUUUUUAUGUGCUCUUUUUUCGGAAGGCUCAGCUGAUUUCUUCCUUUCGGUUGGUCUUGGGUUAGGAGGUACAGAAACCCCAGAGCAAAGGCAAAGGAAAAGUAUCAGUUGCGAGCGAACUUUCACAGCAACAAAUGAUUCUUCUUUGCUUUUCGAAAAAUUAGAUAGCCUUGCAGAAAAUUUAACUGAUGAUUUGCAAAAGGAGGGUUUGAAGGGAAAGACACUAACACUCAAACUGAAGACUGCAGAUUUUGAGGUUCGGACAAGGGCAGUAACUACACGGAACUACAUCAACUCCAAGGAAGAUAUCCUGGUCUAUGCUACAAAGUUGCUUAAGGCUGAAAUGCCUCUUUCUUUGAGACUGAUGGGAUUGCGGAUGUCUCAGCUGCAUGAUGAGAAGGAUGAUCCAUCUACUUCAACACAAAAGACACUAGAUAUAUUUUUUCGUUCAUCAAACAGUAACUCAAAUGUCAAUGGAAUAAAUGUUCAGAGAAUCACUAAUACCUCAGGGCAGGAUAAUGAUUCUAUUACUCUCACAACCAAGGAGGAGUACUUGGUACUUGAUGCUGGCACAGGUGUUUCCACAGAUCAACAGGAUUUCUUCCUAAAUGAUGAGAGCUGUUUUAUUCCCGAACAAAGGAGUUUAGGCAAUUAUAGUAAUGAGGCUGUCCUAAGCAACCCGUUAGGUGGAACAAAGUUAGAUGAUGUGUCUUCCAGUGCAAAGGAGAAGCUACGUGUUGCUGUGCUUGUAUGGAAGUCCACACUGCAGAGCGAACAUGGUGUUUCACUUCAGGGUGAGUGUGUCGUUCCUGAAGGUGUCAAAGCUGCUGGGUUUCAGAUCUCUGCCGAUGACCUAGCAUCAAUCGUUGAAAAUUGUGACGCUGAAAAGUUGACUGUGCUUGGCCAGCUGGAUGGGAUCGCAGACAAGUUGGCGACGUCGUUAGCUGAUGGAAUCACCACAGAUGAGUGCAGCCUGAAUCGAAGGCAGGACAUGUAUGGAGCGAACAAGUUCACGGAGAGUGAGCUCCGCGGCUUGUGGGAGUUUGUGUGGGAGGCGCUGCAAGAUACUACUCUUGUAAUUCUUAUAGCAUGUGCCCUUGUAUCUUUUGUUGUUGGCGUUGCCACAGAAGGGUGGCCGAGUGGUGCCCAUGAUGGCAUUGGAAUUUUUACAAGUAUCCUCCUGGUUGUUUCUGUUACUGCGACAAGCAAUUAUCAGCAGUCUUCGCAAUUCAGGGAUCUGGACAAAGAGAAAAGGAAAAUUUCUAUUCAGGUUACCAGAGAUGGGUUCAGACAAAGGAUAUUGAUGGAUGAUCUUCUUCCUGGUGAUGUUGUCCACCUAGCUGUUGGAGAUCAGGUUCCUGCAGAUGGCCUCUUUAUUUCUGGGUAUUCUGUAUUGAUCAACGAGUCCAGCCUAACUGGUGAGAGUGAACCUGUUGUCAUAAAUGAAGAUAACCCUUUUCUUUUGUCAGGGACUAAAGUCCUAGAUGGGUCAUGCAAAAUGCUGGUUACAGCAGUAGGGAUGCGAACACUGUGGGGCAAACUAAUGGCUGCCACCACUGAAAGUGGGGAUGAUGAAACUCCGCUGCAGGGUAAACUAAAUGGAGUUGCAAAUACUAUUGGAAAUAUUGGUCUGUUUUUUGCCCUUUUAACUUUUGUUAUCCUCUCGCAAGGGCUAGUGGGCCAGAAAUACGUUGAUGGGCUUCUUUUAAGCUGGUCUGGAGAAGACGUGCUGGAGAUACUGGAACAUUUUGCCAUUGCAGUCACAAUUGUUGUUGUUGCUGUUCCUGAGGGAUUGCCUUUAGCAGUGACAUUGAGCCUUGCAUUUGCAAUGAAGAAGAUGAUGAAUGAGAAGGCACUGGUACGACAGUUAGCUGCCUGUGAAACUAUGGGCUCAGCCACAGUCAUCUGUAGUGACAAGACAGGAACUCUUACAACUAAUCGCAUGUCUGUCAUGAAGGCUUGCAUAUGUGGAAACGUCAUGGAAGUGACCAAUCCAUCAGUGCUUUCAAGUUUUUCUUCCAAACUCCCAGAAUUUGCUUUGCAAAUUCUUCUGGAAUCCAUUUUUAACAACACUGCUGGUGAAGUGGUGAUUAACCAAGAUGGGAAGUGUCAGAUACUAGGGACCCCAACUGAGGCUGCUUUGUUGGACUUUGCAUUGUCAGUACACGGAGACUUCAAAGAAAAACGGCAGGAAACUAAGAUUGUUAAAGUCGAGCCUUUUAAUUCAACAAAAAAGAGGAUGAGCAUCAUUCUCAAGCUUCCCGGUGGAGGAUACCGUGCACAUUGUAAAGGUGCUUCAGAACUAGUCUUGGCUGCCUGUGAUAAAUUCAUAGAUGCCAGAGGUACUAUUGUUGCACUUGAUAAAACAGCUACAAAGAAACUCAGUGAUAUCAUUGAAACCUUUUCUAAAGAAGCACUCAGGACACUCUGCCUUGCUUAUCAGGAAAUGGAUGAUAGCUUUUCCAUUGAUGAGCAAAUACCGCUACAAGGAUACACAUGCAUUGGUAUUGUUGGGAUCAAAGAUCCUGUUCGUCCAGGUGUCAGGCAGUCUGUGGCAACUUGCCGGUCUGCUGGCAUUGCCAUUCGAAUGGUUACAGGAGACAACAUAAAUACAGCAAAGGCAAUUGCUCGUGAAUGUGGUAUACUUACUGAGGAUGGUAUUGCCAUUGAAGGUGCUGAGUUCAGAGAGAAAAAUCCCAAAGAACUCCUUGAGUUAAUUCCAAAGAUGCAGGUCCUGGCUCGAUCGUCACCACUUGAUAAGCAUACACUUGUGAAACACUUGCGUACCACGUUUAAUGAGGUUGUUGCCGUGACUGGUGAUGGUACAAAUGACGCACCAGCACUACGUGAGGCAGAUAUUGGACUUGCCAUGGGAAUUGCAGGGACUGAGGUAGCAAAAGAGAGCGCUGAUGUUGUUAUUCUUGAUGAUAAUUUCUCCACCAUCGUAACAGUAGCCAAAUGGGGACGAUCUGUUUAUGUCAACAUCCAAAAGUUUGUGCAGUUCCAGCUGACUGUUAAUAUUGUCGCACUUCUGGUUAACUUCUCUUCCGCGUGCUUUACAGGAGAUGCUCCACUGACAGCUGUUCAACUUCUUUGGGUUAACAUGAUCAUGGAUACCCUAGGAGCGCUUGCACUUGCAACUGAACCACCUGAUGAUAACUUAAUGAAGAAAUCACCAGUUGGAAGGGCAGGGAAAUUCAUCACAAACGUGAUGUGGAGGAAUAUUGUGGGGCAGUCAAUAUUCCAGUUUGUGGUCAUUUGGUAUCUACAAACUCAAGGGGAAUACUUGUUUGGGCUCGAAGGCUCUGAAGCUGAUACUGUUCUAAAUACAAUCAUAUUCAACACUUUCGUCUUCUGCCAGGUGUUCAAUGAGAUAAGCUCGAGAGACAUGGAGGAGAUCAAUGUUAUCAAGGGCUUGCCACAGAACUCCAUUUUCAUGUGCAUCCUCGCUGGCACCAUCAUCUUCCAGUUCAUCCUCGUCCAGUACCUAGGAGAUUUUGCCAACACCACACCUCUCACCCAGCUCCAAUGGCUCGUCAGCAUUCUCUUCGGCCUCCUCGGGAUGCCCAUUGCUGCUGCCAUCAAACUGAUUCCUGUGGAACCUCAUGAAGACAGUGGACGAAUAUCAUGA